GAAGGGGUUGGGGGAGAGAGCGUACGGUCCAACACGUGACUCAAGGGUAUAAGAGGCUGCACAAACUGUGGGUCACCACAGUCUCCGACAGAACCAGUCACCCAUCCAGUCUCCUGCCCUCCUGCAGGCAACAUGAAGAUCUUUUGUGUGGUGUUGGCUGUGCUGGUGGUCCUCCUGAUGGACUCGGCCCGAGCAGCACCCGGCGCCGGCGCGGACCCGGACCCCCAUUACCAUAGUUAUUAUGGUUACGGCCGUUACCCUGGAUACGGAGGCUAUGGCGGCUACGGAGGCUAUGGCGGCUAUGGAGGAUACGGUGGCUAUGGCGGCUAUGGUGGCUAUGGCGGCUAUGGCGGCUAUGGAGGCUAUGGCGGCUAUGGACGCUACUGGGGGUAAGGUUAUCGUCCUUAUGGUGUUCUGGGCCACGGCAUAACCGUCUUGUAACCUUGUUGUUGCCGCGUCAAGAGAAACAAAAACACAUUGUGACCUUCCUAAAUGAAGGUCACCCGUAAUCCCUGGUGACCUUCCUUGUAUCUCUGAACUUGGUGACCUCCCUGGAAGGCGUCUCAACAGUCCCACACGCUGACCCCUACGAGGCACCUACGAUGAAUCUUCAGGUCUUAUAUUGGACAGCUCCAAGAUACCUCCCAGAAAUACAUUAUAUGGUGAUUAUUUAUUGGAAAACUUUGGUUUGAAGGUCUUGAAUCAAGUCCUCGAGUACAAAGUCCUUAAAAGUCCUGCGGCUGAGUAUAAGACUCGGAGGUUGCAAGUAGAUCUAUAAUUUUCUGUACAAGCAACACAAGCCGGGCCAGCUCCAGGGCAAGCUGUUGACGUGCUGGUGGACCGUUAGUGGAAUACCUUUAGUGGCCUCGUCAGUAGUUGAUGACGAAUAUUUAUUUAAUAAAAUCCAAUAAAUACU